UGUUCAUUUUUUUAAAGCCAGCAUGGAAUCCUCAGGAAUGCUUUAACACACUUUCAUCUCAAAAGCAAUGCCUCGCUAUAAGUAGCUGUUGCGGAUUUAAAAGGAGACAAAAGGAAGGACAAUGUCAACUUCCUGUCGUAUAAAGGAAUUUUCUUGGAGCAGGUCAGAGGGAUCGCUGGUUGACUUGGAUGAUGGCAGCCCUGCAAAAAAUGAUUGGACAGAUGACAAAGAAAAUGAAUUGGACCUAAAGUCCUAUUGGUCUGGAGAAUUUAAACAAAGUGUCCCUGGUGCAUUUAAGACAAAUCCUUUUUGGAAUGAACUGUCAGCAUCCAAUCCUUUUUUAGACGAUGUAGCUCAGUCAAGCAACAGAGAAAAAAGUGAUGGGCGUAUAUCUAUCUUAAAAGAAGACCCCUUUUUAUUUUUUAGAGAUUCAGAUAACAGAGAUUCUGCUGCUUCGUCUGGAGACGAAUUGAAUAUUGAUUAUCUUUUUCUUCGCAAAGCUUCAAGGAGAUCUGCAAAGUCUCGGAGUGUUUCAGAUCUUUUGGACAUUGUAGGGGUUAAGACAUUUGAACUUCCUAGUACGGCACCAUCCAACCAUAUCCCACUUCCAGAUAGUGAAUCACUUCAGAAUGAUCGUGAAGCAUAUAAAACAGCAUGGUUGAAUCAAAGGCAGCUGGCCAGAUCUUGCCUGGAUUUGAAUGUGAUAAAUCAGAGUCCAGGAUGGGCCCAAACUCAAUCUGUAGAAACCCAUAUAGUAUGUAAAGUAAAUCAUGAAGGAGGCUCGGUGCAGCUCCCUGACUCAGAGAUUGCUGUUCAUUUUCCUGAAGGCCAUGUGGCAUUUGGAGAAUUCCAAGAGGUUGGCUUGCAGGCGAACCUUGACUCCCCAUCCUCAUUGAACCACGAGUUUUCAACCACCGUGAGCCCAUUGAUUGAACUUACAUUAAGUAACCUCAAUACCACGGAAGCCAUUUUACUAGAAAUGAAAAUUGCAGCUGAAGUGAAGAAGGAUCCUUUUAGUCAGGUUAUGACUGAGAUUGUAUGUCUGUGUGGUUUUGCUAAAGAGGGUCCAUUUGAAAGAAUAGACAGCUGUUACAUCUAUAAAGAUACUAUACAAGUUAAGCUGACAGACCUAAGUCACUUGAUGUACAUUGUGGCUGUAGCCCAAACCAAUGCAGUUAAUUCUCCUGCAAGUGCUUGGGAAUAUAUCCACAGAAAACUUUCAGUUGGGAUUUAUGGACCCAAACAUAUCCAUCCAUCUUUCACUGUUGUUUUUGCCCUGUUUGGCCACAGCUAUGUCCCAGAGAAACUUACAGUAUGUGACAUUAAAAAGGGUGGAAAGAGCGUGCCCCCAGUUGUUUUCCAGUUAUGGGGAAAGCACACAUUUGCCCUUGAGAAGCCGCAAGACCUGAACAUUUUUGUGGCCUCCUGUGACCCUGAUUUUGAAGUGAAGGAAGAAGAUCAAAGGAAAGAAAUUAAAGGAGGUAUGCUAAAAGGGGGUGGUAAAGUGAUACACCAACACUUUCUAUUUUCUAUAAUCAGCACAAGAAAAAUGCAUCUGUUUGUCUUCCGUGUUCAGGUUAAAGUCCCAAACAACAAUGUGGUGUGCCAGUUCUACAUUACGACGCCUGAGCCAGCUCCAAAGCCAUUAACUGGAAUGUUUAACAAGCCAAACAGAUUAGAAAAACGCAAAGAGCUCAACUCUAUGCCACUGCUGUCAAUGUUAACCAUGAAAUAUCCAGUUUUUCAAGAUAAGGCUUUAAACAUUACCAGCUAUGGUAUAGCUUUGAAAACGGUGUUACGUCAAAAUAAAAUCGAAUAUUUGCUGGAAUAUUUUAAAGGUGAUACAAUAGCGCUCCUCAGUGAAGAUAAGGUAAAAGCCAUUGGACAGGCUAAAAUAAAAGAAUGGUAUGUGGGUAUUCUAAGAAGGAAAGUUGGCCUUGUACAUUGUAAAAAUAUCAAAGUGAUUGCUAAAGACCAAGUGAUGGAUAUUAAGGAUUGCACAAUCACAACCAAAAGCCUCCUUGAACAAAUUGCAUUGCCUUUUAGAAAACUGACUUAUAUCUAUUCAGCAAUCUUAUCCAUGGUCUCGGAGAAAAUGUAUGACUGGAAAGCUUUGGCUGAUGCCCUUGGAUUUUCACAUAUGUCACCGAGUGAUUUCAGUGAGCUACAAACUGAGAAAGAAUCAGAAAAAGUAGCCUAUGUUUUGAAGAAACUCAAGGAAGUUUGCCAUGCUAACAGAAGCGCAAGACGUUUCCUGUAUGAACUCUCUGUUGCCCUGCUGAAGCUUGACUGUCAAGGAUUACUAGCACGCCUCACACAGGACACUGUCAUUUUUACUUCGGCUGUAAAGCUUGGAAAAGGCUGGAGAGAGCUGGCAGAAAAAUUAGCACGACUCACAAAGCAACAGAUUGAAGCAUAUGAAACUCCCCACCGAGGUAGAAAUGGAGAUGUUUCUCCAGAGAUGAUGUGGAAACCGGCAUACGAUUUUCUGUACACCUGGGGAGCUCACUAUGGAGAUAGUUACAGAGAUAUGCUGCAAGAUCUGCAAUCUGCACUGGAUAAAAUGAAAAACCCUGUGACCAAACAGUGGCGUGAAUUAACUGGAGCUCUGAUUCUGGUCAACUGCAUGGAGGUUCUCCAGGUGAAUGCUUUCUCUAAGACGGGUGAAGAAUAGGAGUCAUUUAAUUUGGAAAGGUGCUGCAGAAAUUAUCUUCCUGAAACACAAAGCAGUUAAAUGGAAGCAUUUUUAUCAAGGACUAUUUGGCUCCUCUGUGAAAAUUAUGCUUAUUGCAGAUGUCUUUUAUGGACUUAACCUUUUUUAGAAAAUGGAGUCAUUUAUUUUUCAAGAAGGACCAAUUUUGCCCCACUUUCUGUUAUACUUAUGUACCUACAACAGCAUAUCUCAAAAGGUGUUCAUGCACAGCAGUUGCGAUUUGAAUAGUCUUGUGAUGGACUGCACAAUUGUAUUUUGGAACUGUACCACUGGUGGAGUAUGAGUUGGGCAGCAAAGUUACACUACUUAUUCAGAUAUUUUCCCUAGAAAUUGUUGCAUACAGCUGCUACUGUCAUUUAUAAGAGAAUCAGUUAGGAAAACUUCAUGCACUCAUGUGUAUUCAUGGCUGCUCUAGUCUAGAAUAAUUGGAAAUGCUACUUCACUACAUGUGUAAGAUAGAUAUAUCCUUGAUGAAUGUAGUAGCCACUGGGUAUUUGGAUUCUAACAGAAAUAGCCUGUCUGAAAGCCUCUCUGUCAGCUAUCUUUAUUAUUGGCCCAUGUUUCUUCAUGAAAAGAUGGGCUGUCUCCUUUCUGGUCAUUUGGUGAUGCUCAUUACCCCAGCAAUAAGCUCAUGGAUGAGAUUCAUCCCUAAUUCCCAGCUUAUUGGAGUUCUGCCUCCAUCUCACUGUGGCUGCCUUACCUACUUGUUUGGCUAUAGUGCAGGUCCAGGACUGACCUUCUGUGAUAGUGGUGACACGUUCCUGGAGCCUGCGCUGUACUCUUCCUCUGCUCCUCAUGCGAAGUAAAACACAUGGUGGGUGCAAGAUUGUUAUGAAAGCUGCCCACAGUACAAUGGGCUCUGCUACCAUCCUAGUUUCAGAACUUGUAUCCAUAGCAUGGUGUCUCCAGGAUCCAUUUUCUACUGUCUAGUUCUGCUUGAUUUCCCUUAAAACAGCGAUGACAAAAGACACUGAUAAACUUGUCAUCUGGAUAUCAUUUUUGCACCGUUGCAUGUGUCAAUUUUAAUGUACAGAUACAAUUUGCUCCUGUGUUUUCUACCUGCUGUGUUUUAUUUGUGAGGGCUCUAAGUCAAGCUGUCCCAGCUUAUAAGGGUCAUUGUCAGCUACUGGAUCAAUGGCUGCAAUGUUAGCCACUAUCUCAUCUUUGGGUCAUUAUUCAAGAGAUACACAGGAGGGCAUUAGAGACCAAAUGUAUCUGCUACUUUUAACUAUAGCAUUUUAAAAAAAUAUCUGCUCAACUUUCUCUUUCACUGUAGUUACAGCAGGGAUUCCCAAACUGUGGUUCGUGGACCAUCAGUGGUUUGUGAGCUUUAUUCAGAUGGUCCGUGACGUGUCUAUAGAUUUGUGGUUGAAGACAGAAGAUGGCACAUGCAUCAAAUUAAAUAUUCAUACUGAUUUUAAUGGUAU